AUGGAAGGUGGGGGAAUACAGAACUUAUCCAUACAUGGCAAUGCAUCAGACAUCCCCCCUGGCACACACAGUCUAUGGGAGGUUAUAACCAUAGCAACUGUGUCGGCCAUCGUGAGCCUGAUUACGAUAGUGGGGAACGUCCUGGUGAUGCUGUCGUUUAAGGUAAACAGCCAGCUGAAGACAGUCAACAACUACUACCUGCUGAGUUUGGCAGUAGCUGACCUCAUUAUAGGUGUGUUCUCUAUGAACCUCUACACCUCCUACAUACUGAUGGGAUACUGGGCGCUGGGGAGUGUGGCUUGUGACCUCUGGUUGGCUUUGGACUACGUGGCCAGUAAUGCGUCAGUGAUGAACCUGCUGGUAAUCAGUUUUGACCGGUACUUCUCCAUCACCAGACCCCUGACCUACAGAGCCAAGCGCACCCCCAAACGGGCUGGGGUCAUGAUAGGCAUGGCCUGGCUGGUGUCCCUCAUCCUGUGGGCCCCUCCCAUACUUUGCUGGCAGUAUUUUGUGGGGAAAAGGACAGUCCCUGAAAGGCAGUGUCAGAUCCAGUUCUUCUCAGAGCCAGUGAUAACAUUUGGGACAGCCAUUGCUGCGUUUUACAUCCCAGUGUCAAUCAUGACCAUCCUGUACUGUCGGAUCUACAAGGAGACGGAACGUCGCACCAAGGACCUCGCUGAGCUCCAGGGCAUCAACAGUUCCACAGACACUGGUGUCACCAAGCCCCAGAAAACCAUCAUUAGAUCCUGCUUCAACUGCAAGCAGCUCAGCUCUGCCUCCCGGGACAGAACCCAGGCCUCCUGGUCCUCCUCCAACAGGAGCAAUGCAGCCAAAUCAGCAGCAGCCACCAAUGACGAGUGGUCCAAGAGUGACCAGCUGACCACCUUCAACAGCUAUGCCUCCUCGGAGGACGAGGAGCGGCCCGUGUCCCCGGGGGCCUUUCAGCCCACCUGCCGGAACCAGGAGUGUAGGCAGAGCACGGGUGCAGCGGGCUGUGAUAAAGAACAGCUCAGCAGUUAUGAGGAGAACAACUUCAUCCACACGCCACCAAAGACCAACUCCCAGAAGAGCAAGAAGUGUGUGUCCUACAAGUUUAAACCAGUUCCCAAAGACACUAGCAGCGGUGCCCAGCAGAGCAAGAAUGGGGACACUAACAUGGCCCCAUCAUCUUUCUCUUCAGCUGAAUCUAUGAGUGCCCCACCCUCCACCUCCUCCUCCAAGCCAAUAGACACCACUCUGAAGAUCCAGCUGACCAAGAGGAAGAGGAUGGUGCUGAUUAAGGAGAGGAAGGCUGCCCAGACUCUCAGUGCUAUCCUGCUGGCCUUUAUCCUGACGUGGACACCAUACAACAUCAUGGUGCUCAUCUCCACCUUCUGCUCUGACUGUAUCCCUGUGUCUCUCUGGCACCUGGGCUACUGGCUGUGCUAUGUCAACAGUACAGUCAACCCAAUGUGCUACGCCCUCUGUAACAAGACCUUCCAGAAGACCUUCCGCAUGCUGCUGCUCUGUCAGUGGAAGAAGAAGAGAGUGGAAGAGAAACUCUACUGGUAUGGGCAAAACCCUGUUGUGAGCAGCAAGCUAACAUGA